CAAACCAUAAUAACCUACUCACCACAUAAUAAAAAUGGCAAUUCUUGAAAACCACCACUACUAUAUCCUCCUCCUCAUCCUUCUCCCCCUCCUCGUCUACUUCUGUCGCUUGGCUGACAGGCGGCAGAAGAAGCCCCUGGAGCCCACCAACUGGCUGCUUUUGGGAUUUUUACCAGAGGUGUUCCUCAACUUCCACCGCGCCCACGACCGCAUCACCGAGGUCCUCAACGGCUGCGGCGGCGGCACCUACAUGUUCCGGGGCCCAUGGCUUAGCAACACCGACAUGCUCUUCACCUCCGACCCCACCAACAUCCACCACGUCUUCAGCCGAAACUUCGCCAAUUACCCAAAAGGCCCCGAGUUUCGCAAGAUUUUCGACAUCCUCGGCGACGGAAUCUUCGGCGCCGACUUCCACCUCUGGGAGAUUCACCGGAAAACGACAAUGGCGUUGCUCACGCACGCCAAUUUCAACGCCCGUCUCCAGAAGACGGUCUGGGAAAAGGUCGAAACCGGCCUUUUCCCGUUGCUCGAUCGCUUCAGCCUCGAUGAGCUUGAUUUCGAUUUGCAGGAUGUUUUCCUCAGAUUCAGCUUCGACAACAUAUGCAAAAUUGUGUUGGAUUAUGACCCGUGCAGUUUGAGCUUUGAAGUUCCACACAUUCCCUGUGAGAAGGCUUUCAGUGUGGUGGCGGAGCCGUUGCUGUACCGCCACGUCAUCCCGCAGAGAAUCUGGAAGCUUCUGAGGUGGCUCAACGUUGGCUCCGAGAGGAAGCUUCUGGAAUGUUCCAAAGCUUUCUCUGAGUUUAUUUAUCCGCGCAUUGCUGCUGCCACGAACGACGGUUCUGUUCUUGGAGUUUUUGAAGAUGUUUAUAGAGAGACGAAGAUGGAUUCGUCGACUAGUCUGAGGGAUUUCCUCAAGGACACGGCGUUGAAUCUGAUGUUCGCGGGGAGAGACACGACGAGCACGUGCCUCACGUGGCUCUUCUGGCUCGUCGCGCAAAACCCUGCUUCGGAGAGGAAGAUUCUAGAAGAAUUGGAGGCCGAGCUCGGUCUCCAGAAAAAGUGGAGGUCCUUUAAUGCAGAGGACUCGCACAGGCUAGUGUACCUGCAUGCAGCUCUGUGCGAGUCCCUACGGCUAUUCCCGCCGGUGGCACUGGAGCAUAAAGCUCCAGUGCGACCGGACAUUCUCCCGAGCGGGCAUCAGCUCCCGCGCAACGCAAAGCUGAUCAUAUCAUUCUACUCGGUGGGGAGAAACGAGAGAGUGUGGGGGAAAGACUGCCUGGAAUUCAAGCCGGAGAGGUGGAUAUGUCCGAGCGGGAAGAUCAAGCACGAGCCAUCGUACAAGUUCCCGGCGUUCAACGCGGGGCCGAGGACGUGCGUGGGGAAGGACAUGGCGUUGGUGCAGAUGAAGAUGGUGGCGGCGGCGAUCCUAUAUAACUACCACGUCCGACUAGUGGAAGGGCAUCCAGUUUCAACUCGUGACUCGAUCAUAUUGCAAGCCAAGGACGGAUUGAAAGUGAAGUUGAGGAAAAGAAAUUGGAAGGAUUAAGCCUGUUUUGUUGUCUUCUAUUCUUUGUGUAAGUGUGACAAGUCGUGUUAAUUAAUAAUAUCUGCUACAAGAUUGUUUUUUAGUAAGUGUGACAGCCAUAUUGUGGACAUAAUUCAUGUUCAAGCCGUCCCUAUUAAUUCAAUGUCGAAGUUGUCGUUAGUAUGAUGUAAA